UGUGACGUUGGAAGCUUGCUACGAACACGGUUUCUAAGUUGUAGUGAAAGUGUUUCAUUCUUUUUGUGCAUCGCUAUAUUCGACUGAUCGAUGUACUAUGACAACAUAUACGUCUCUUCGAUGGCUUCUAGUCCUCGUCUGGUUGCAAUUCUAUGCAAACAGACUCGUUUGUGUUGUGGGAGCGGCUACUUCAUCGGGACUUAGCUCUCAGACUUGCGAAGCUCCAAAAGUCACUAGUAAAACUACGACUAAAAUAUAUCUUUCACUGAAGUGUCCUUCAGGAAAUGCAGCUGCAUGUCACAUUAAGGAGUACUGGAUAUAUUUCUGGCGUCUACAUUUUGUUCCGGAAUCUGGGACGAGAAAAACAAGUGCUAAUACAUUUGCGUUUGUUCACUUGCAUCCACACACACUUUAUCAAUUCCGAGUAAAUGCAACGUAUAAUGGUCAGAACUGUGCAAAGAAACCUCUUGCCUUAGGUCCAGCAGUACGUGUGAGGACACAGGCUGUUGCUCCUAACCCACUCAAAACCAUUAACGUCAUGACACUAGGUUCAAACUCUCUUGAAAUUGGAUGGGAUUCGGUUCAGUACAGAUACGGAACUGUUGGCUACCUAGUCUACUACAAUUUAACGCAGCUUAAAUAUGAAUCCAAAUCAGUCAAAUCUACUAGUGUCUCGCUUACUGGCCUCACACCGUACACCAAAUAUGAGGUAAAAGUUGCAGUCGUUGUUAGACCGUGGGGUGCAAAUGAUGGCUCAGAAGAUGUGACAAGUACUACAAAUAGGACAAAGUUAAUUGUCACUCUUCAUGCAAAACCUAGCGUUCCUCUUGAUGUAACAAUCGACAACAACACACUCACUGCUGUGUCUGCUAAAAUUGUCUGGACUGUUUCUGUCAAUGACCCAGUUGUAUACUACGACGUCAGCUAUGUAAUGGGUCUUCAUUCUAGCGCAAGUGUUUCGGCUAUUACAGUACGCACAGUCGAGAAAUCGAAUCACAUCACACUGAAAAACCUUAGUCCAUUCACAGUCUACACAGUUUCGGUUCAAGCCAUCAACAUCGACAGAGGUUACCGUCUAGUGAGCAGUGCAAGUGCUGUCAGCACAUUUCGAACGUUAGCAGAUGCGCCAAGUAAACCUCAAAAUUUGAAAAUCUUGGACUUGCAAGCAAGAGCUGCAAACUUCACAUGGGAGACUCCGGCUCAACCUAAUGGACCGAUAGCGUACUAUAUUAUUAGGGUGGCAAUGGGAAGAGUUGAUCCGCAAAACUACAGAAGUGAAAAGAUCGUUCUAAGAGUCAUCGUCAGUGGCAAAACCAGCUACACAGUGGACGGGCUGACACAAAUGACACAGUACAGUGUAUGGAUAAUAGCUGUCAAUGUUGAAGUUUCUAAAGAGCUCAAGAGUUCUCCUAGUCAAGUACAAAUCUUUAACACAACAGGCGAAACUACAAUACAUACAACAACAGUAUAUACAACAAAGGCUGGCACAACAAAUGCAGUCUACAUAACAACUGGCACAACAAAAACAGUAUCCACUACAACUGGCACAACAAAAACAGUAUACAGAACAACUACUGACGCUGCAGUGCGUACUACAGCAACUACAUCUAAUGCAGAUACUACAACGGUUGGAGUUGAAACAACGGCAUGGGGAUCAGAAAUAUAUGAAACAGCAGGUGGAAAUGAAAUAAAUUCAACUGCUCCUCAGAACAUUUCUACAUCGUCGUCGUCAUCUGACAGGAGAUUCGUGACUCCAACUGUUGUUCUCAUACUACUAUCAGUCUCCAUUCUUGUCCUUGUCGUAGCCAUCAGCCUCACACGUAAAUCACCGACUACAUCUUUGGCAAGUAUACGUAUGAAUAAUUUUUCAGCUAACCAAAAUUGUGAUGAUGCUUAUGACCUUAUUGAAUAUGUUCCUUGUAGCAUUGACGAUAGUCAACCUGAAAUAUCAAUCGUCACAUUUGAGAAACAUCUUGAAAAUUUGAAAGCAGAUAACAAUGACAGAUUCACAAUUGAAUAUAGAGAGCUAAAUGAUAUCGACGUUGAUCAAAAGAGAGCAAUUGCAGAGAAGACUGUCAAUCAAUGCAAAAACCGUUACGAUGAUAUCGUUCCGUAUGAUGAUUGGCGUGUAAUGCUUGACGACGUGGAUGGGAUGGAAACGUUGCAAGCUGAAUACAUCAAUGCCUCAUAUCUGGACGGAUGUAGUAGAAGAAAAGAGUACAUUGUGACGCAAGGGCCUCUUAAAAAUACAUAUUCUGAUUUUUGGCGGAUGGUGUGGCUAGAAAAUGCAGAAUUUAUUGUUAUGCUGACUCGAACUGUAGAAAAUGGCAGGGACAAAUGUUAUCAAUACUGGUCCGAUAAGAUUCCAAAUGAGUGCGGCGGUCUAACAGUAACGGUUGCUUCAAUCGAUGAACUAGCAGACUACACAGUACGGAAAAUAAUUCUAAAAUUGCUUGAUGAAGAGCGCACAGUGACGCACUAUCAUUUCAGAAAUUGGCCUGUUGGUAGUGUGCCUCAGCAUCCCACCAACUUACUGAGACUAUUGCUUAGAAUUCGAAGAGAAUCUAAAGGUUGCAAGUCUCCUUUGAUAGUUCAUUGCAAUGAUGGCGUAGGUCGGUCUGGAACAUUUGUGGCUAUUGAUAUUUUACUGAAUUGUUUCGCACUGAAGAAGAAAAUAGAUGUCAAGGCUGUUGUCGAACAGAUGAGAGCAAGACGCAUGAAAAUGGUGGACAGUUUGAUGCAAUACAUUUUCAUUCAUGAUGCAAUCCUGGAAGCUUUCUAUACCUCCAAAACAGAGAUUUUAGCAUCAAACUUCUCCAGGGUUUGGGACAGUUUGCAUCACCGCAAUGCAUCAGACUUAAACAAAUUCGAGGAGCAAUUUGAUACUUUAGUGAAGCUGAGUCCUACACCUCUUCAAUCAAAGUUUGAAGCGCCGUCUCUUUCUUCAUUAAGAAAAAGAAAGAACAGGAACAUCGAUUUCCUUCCUCCGGACUGUUCUCGUGUUAUUUUGCGAAUUGAUUAUGAAUGCGACGAUGGUCAGUACGAGAACAUUCAAAAAGGUGCUGACUAUAUUAAUGCAAGCUAUGUUAACGGCUACCACAAAGACAAUUUUUUCAUUGUGACUCAAGCUCCUCUUCCCACUACUAUGUCUGACAUGUGGAAGAUGGUGCUCGAACAGAAAGUGAGUGCUAUUGUCAAUUUGGCUCAACCAGAUGAAUGCGAACAGUAUUGGCCUCAGUCUGGCUCACAAACGUUUGGACAAGUAAACGUGGAUGUGGGAUUUGUAGAAGAAAGGAAAUCGUAUAAAGUUUAUGAGCUUUACGUGACAAACCUAAGGCGAAAACUUCUUUUUGAAAUUUCUCUCUUUCACUACAUUGCCUGGCCCAAUGAAGGUUAUCCCACUGAUUUAGUAGGACUGGUUGACAUGAUGAGUGAGUUAGAUCAUGCGGUGAAGAGAACAGAAGGAAUCCGUGUGAUUGUCCACUGCUGCACUGGUAUGGGACGAACUGGUGUUUUCUGUGCUGCAUUCAAUGUUUUGAGCCAGUUGCAAAGCGAGGGUGUUCUCAAUGUACUGCAAAUGACCCAAGCUCUUCAAAACGAAAGACCAAGAAUCAUACACACAUCCGAACAGUAUGAGAGCAUCUACAGCAUUGCCGACUGCUUUCAAAACUCUGAAAGAGCCUACGGUAACGUCAAAUGAGCCUUGAGUUGGCAAAUUUGCAGAUUGUGACUAUAAAUGACACAAUUACCCAGUUAAUUCUAUUACGUUGUGUAUAAAAACAACGUAUUUGGUAGACAUUUAGAGGUCGCAAGAUCAAAAUUGUAGUUAGCUAAUUAGUAUCAUUUGACGACGUCGACGUUCAGUUUGCGGUUAUUCAAUAUAUUUGCAAUACUCUAAUUAGACAUGCAUUUAUUAUGUGUACGCACAGAAAUGUUUGAUGAUGGAUUACUGUAAUUAGA